UAUAUAAAAAGACUUUUUCUAACCAAGUAUAUUCGACAGCGCCAUCAUCAGCAUCAGACCACCAGUCGGCGCUACGAAAAUAUUUUUGACAGCUGAUUUUGUCGCACGUGUUUUACUCAAAAUUUUCGUUAAUAAUUGUUAAUAAUGGUUUAUUAUUUUACUAGCGAAGUUGUGCAACCACCCAUUACUUUAUUUAUGGGAAUAGACAAAUUUGAGAAUGAAGAUCUUAUUAAAUGGGGUUGGCCUGAGGAUGUGUGGUUUCAUGUUGACAAAUAUUCGUCUGCCCACGUGUAUCUUCGACUUCGACAUGGUCAGACAAUAGAUGAUAUUCCUAGUACUGUAUUAGAAGAUGCUGCACAAUUAGUAAAAGCAAAUAGUAUCGAAGGAAAUAAAAUGAAUGAUGUUGAUAUUGUGUACACAAUGUGGUCGAAUUUGAAAAAGACACAAGGUAUGGAAGUCGGACAGGUUGGCUUUCAUAAGGAUAAAGAUGUUCGUAAAAUUCAUGUUGCUAAGCGAGUAAAUACUAUCGUGAAUCGUCUUAACAAGACGAAACGUUCAGAACAAGUAAACUUAAGAAAUGAAAGAGAACAAAGAGAUAAGAAUGAACGAGAAGAUAAGAAGAAGCUUAUGAGAGAACAGAAAGAGAAAGAAAAGGCAGAAGAAAAGCGACGUCAGGAAGAAGCAGAGAUGAGGAGUUACAAUUCCCUAUUUAAUACAUCUAACAUGACUUCAAACACAGAAACCAGUGGAUAUGACUCAGAUGAUUUCAUGUGAUGAAGUUGAUACUUAUAUUUGCGGUCCGUGCCUCAUUCUCUAUCAUUUCCAGUAAAAGGAGAAAAUUUCAGAAUAAAAAGUGUAAAAUAUCUCUUUCAAGUACGAUUAUUUAUUUGAUUUAUAUUUUGCAAAUAUUAUAUUUGCAAAAUUGUAAAAAUAUGUAAUUGUAGAAUCAGUGUACACUAUGUUUAUAUAAUAGAAGAUUGUUUUGUCAUUCAAAAAUUUCUAAAACAUACUGUGUAACCAUAACAUGCUAUGCUGACAAAUAAUAUUAACAGUUCUUGCAACAGUAUUCACAUUAAUAGCUCGCAAGUACUUGGAUAUAUUGCUAUGAUUUCAAUACAAUGAAAAAAAUAAGUUAUAAAAAUAAAA